AUGGACGAUGCUGAUGCUCUUGAGGCUCUUUCCAACAUUCUCACUCGCUUGACCGAUAAUCCCUAUGACAUUACAUUGCACGCCGAGAACGUCCGUUUUUCUCGUGAGACAGGCAUGGAGGACCAAAUAGAGUCUGCUCUGGAAAUGGUCACUGCUUUUUGGGCUGCAGGAGACUAUGUUUGGAUCCCUUUGAUCGAACACAAAUUGCAAUCAAGCAAUCUGGAGUCUGCUGACGAUCUCCGUGCUGUGCUUGACUUGUGCGAACGUGCCGAACAAGACUAUCUCUCCAUCCCGCUCCUGGAGAAGCACCUGGAUCUUCUCAUAGAGCGAUAUGAGCAUUUCGGCACGCUCGAUACCAAGCCGAACGACCUCGAAGAGUUGUUCUCAACGGAGUGGACACAAUCUAAAAUGAAUGAGGUGGUAGCCAAAGGCAUCGGACAUCUCACGAAGGGUCAUUUGCUUUGGGAAAAACAGAAGGAAUGGGAGCUCGAGGUUCUUCAGACUGCGCCUCCGGAGGAAAAGGUGCAGCUCGUCAAUCGGAUCGAGUCUAUGCUACUAGAACGCUUGCAGCAGCCUCAUGCCGCCCAGGAUUCAACGUUUCAAGCAUACUCUUCAUUCACAACCAGCUACAAGCCCCCUGACCAGUAUGAGGCACUGCUUGUCAGCGCCUCGAAGCUCCGCUCACAAGCGAGGAAAGCAUUCGAAAGACGCGAGCAGUAUGAGACGUCUCUUGAACAAUCCGGCUUCUCAUUGGAAGCAUAUGCGUAUUACACCACCGUUGAGCGUCGCAAACAGAAGCCUGAUCUGUUCGUGUUGAAAACCUUGUACGAACGAGCUAUCGCGGAGGCAGACAAGCGUCGCUGGGAGGGUGAUUCAACCGCGGAGGACGCUCUUAGAUCAUUCUGGAUCAGUCUCGUUGACUUUCUGAGACAACAAGGUGUCGAUGAUGAUCUGCAACUGGCAACGUUUAAACGAGCCGUGCGCAGCGUACCAGCGGCCGGAGAAAUAUGGGCUCGCUAUAUGCGCUUCUUAGAGCGCAUUGCAGACUCGUCAGAAGAUGAUGUACGGGCCGAAAUCCGAGCUGUAUAUGAGAAGACGAAGACCAUUACACCACUCCAAUCAGACGUGGAGCAGCUGGUCCCCGUCGUCCUUGCUCGUGCAGGUUACGAGAAGCGGCAAUUCGAAGCAGGGGAAACAGAGCAAGGUUUUGAUACCUUAAUUGAAGUCGUCAUGGACGGUGUCACGCGAGUGCGGAAAGUGUCACCGUCUGGGGACCUAAGACUUCGGAUAGAGAAGUUCUUCUCGUCGGUCUGUCUCAAGUUGCCCGACCUCGCUGAGCACGCUCUGAUAUUAUGGGAAGAUACUACAAAGCACUACAAGACAAGCUAUCUUGCCUGGACAUCCUACACGGAGGUGCUCAUCAAACAAAACCUCUAUGAGGAUGCAAGGAGGGUGUUCCAAGAUAUUUGCAUGAAAAGCCUUGACUGGCCUGAGGCGAUGUGGGAUGCGUGGAUCAAUUUUGAGCAAUUGUACGGCACAGUCGAUGAGAUUGAUCUUUGUCUUGACAAAAUCCAGUAUGCGCAAGCCCAGACCAACGCUCGGCGUGCGAAGGAGGCAGAGAAAGCGCAACAUGCAGCUAUGCAGCUUAUCGCUGAGCAGCAAGCGAAUGCGACAUCGGUCUCCGAGAUACCACCACCUGCAUCAACUCAGGAAGAAGGCGAAGUGGUCCCAAUGGCUGUCGAUUCCACUAAACCAUCUGGCACAGGCGCAAAGCGGAAGGCGGAAGAUGAAGUUGCAUCUGAGGAGCACAAAAAGCAAAAGAUCGCAUAUUUGCUGUCAAUUAAUAUUGAUCGACUCAUGGAGACCAUCAUUUGUAGAGAUCGCGAGAACUGCACAGUGUUCGUGGCCGAUCUGCCGUCAGACGCACGGGAAGACGACCUAGCGUCGUUGUUCAAAGAUUGCGGCCCUAUCCGAGAAAUUAAAGUAACACACUUGCCGAAUGCUCCCGUAGCGACUGUCGAGUUUAUGGAGCGGGAAAGUGUGCCGGCGGCAUUGACUAAGGACAAGAAGCGCAUACACGGAGAAGAGAUCGCAGUUCAUCUCGCGUGGAAAUCGACAUUGUAUGUCACAAACUUCCCGGAGAAGGCCGAUGAUGCAUAUAUUCGCAGUCUCUUUUCUAAGUAUGGCACGAUCUUUGAUGUGCGAUGGCCGAGCAAGAAGUUCAAGAGCACGCGGAGGUUUUGCUAUGUGCAGUACACAUCACCACUUGCCGCACAAGCUGCCUUGGAACUUCACGGCCAGGAGCUGGAGCCAAGCCUGCCCCUCAGCGUAUAUAUCUCGAAUCCUGAACGCAAGAAGGAGCGGACAGACGUCGAUGCGAAUGAUAGAGAAGUAUACGUUGCCGGGUUGAGUAGAUUCGUUACCAAGGAGGACCUGGAGAACCUCUUCAAGACAUAUGGGCCGAUCAAGGAGGUACGGAUGGCCUUGGACAAGGAUGAGCGUCCAAGAGGCUUCGCGUUCGUUGAAUUUGAGCAGGAGCAAGACGCAGCGAAAGCUCUGCAUGCUAACAAUGUCGAGCUGAAGAGACGCCGCAUAGCCGUUACGCUUGCUGAUACGCGUGUUCGUGCUAGAAAUCGUGACCCAAACAAGCGAGCAGACAUACGUAGUCGAUCCGUGCGCGUGCGCAACCUUCCUCCCAACACACAGGAAGGCUUGCUGCAGCAGGCACUAGAAAAGUUGGCUCCGUUGGAGCGCAUAGAAGUGUUCGCGGAUAAAGCUGAGGCUGAGGUGCUCUUCGAGAAUGCUGCAGAUGUGGGCAAGUUGCUCCUGCGCUCCGAGCCUAUCGUGUACAAUGGCAAUACACUGGAGCUUGUGGCAGAUACUCCUGGAGCUACAUCUUCAUCGCGCUCUGCAGCGCUGCCACCGACUGCAGGUGGCAUGUUCAUUCCGCGCACAGCUGUGUCGAGACCGAGGGCAGGUCUUGGGAGCAAGAAGCGUGUGACAACGGUUGGGGCAACGAGCUCAGCGCAGAACGGCUCGCAAUCAUCGCAGCAUGCGCAAAGCGUCUCAGCAGGAGUGCAAUCGAGCAAGGGACAAGACGAUUUCAGGAAGAUGCUGAGUGGUGGGAAGUGA